UAUUACAUGUAUAUGGCCGCGUUCCGGUCACCUGUGUCUUUCAGAUGAGACCACAUGAGACCUAGUACAUGAACGGAUGAAUGGAUCGUCACCGAACGUGCAGGAUCCGCAACGAAAAACAGCACAGACAUAUAUCGAUGUCAGCCAAGACACACAGAGCACGCACAUCCACAUGAUGUCAGGACAGAGUACACGGCACAUCGCAUCAGAUCAGGGAGAGACACAAACGGCAUUAAACACACGACACCCGAGACACAACAUACAAAUCGGUCGCUACGAAGCAUCCCCACUACUCAGAGACAGGCCUCUCUCUCCUAAAGACGACUGACCUAUCGCCCUCCACGCUCACGUGGCCACGAAAACCCAGGCCCUCCACACGACCCACGAGAUCAUCUCUACUACACUUGAUCCCGCCGGCCAUCGUCAGGACAACACGCUCGACUGAUGGAAAUCGCGUCAAGAGAGACCAUGCAUUGCGGGAGAAAGGGAAGAAACGCAAAAACAGCAACUGGAACGCAGGCGUCAUAAGCUGGUCGGGCUGCUCACGACACACGUGCAGACACACCCUCACUGACCUAACCCUGGCUUUCACAACUGCCUCGAGCUCGUGUGACUCCUCUUCUACAGUCUGCCAUUGAAAAUCGGGUACGAAGGACAUUCCGCGACAUCCGCUCAGAGGCACAACCACGAACACGUCCAGAGGCCCGCCCUCGACAGCACAGUGCUUCAGCCCCGCCCACACCAACGGCACGACCGGACGCGGCCAAUUCGUAGUCGUGAUCGGCCGACGCAUGAAACCGACCCGGGCCAGUUUCGGCAGCCGGCUGAUGACCUUGUCUACCCCUCCCCCAUAGAGCGACACGCCCAUCGGCCCACCCCUGUGGUCUAUGAGAAGCGUCUUGACCGUACCGAAAUGGGCGCUCUCGGUGAUCCAAACCGGCAGCGGAUGGCGGGGGUCAUGCUCCGUCAUGCCCUCCGGAAAUGUGACGUAGAGGUCAGCCGCUUGCUUGAAGGAGAGGCCGUAGAGCUCGCUCGCGCCAGUCGCAUGGGCGUUGAGGAAAUAAGGGGAGAGGAACACACGUAUGGCACUCGCCGCCGAGAAGUGCAGGGUCUCUCGAGUGCCAGCGAGCUGCUCUGGCUUGCCGAUCAGCGGCAAUUGGAUCUGAACGGGGGCGGGGCGCUCGGAUGUUGCUCGCCGGACGAGGCGAAGGCGUCCACUGUCCAUCGCUAGCGUGUGGUACAGCUCCUUCGCGCCCUUAGCCAGCCACGUGUCUCGGAACUCGUGCAGCUUCUACAAGAACACAUAUCCACAUCAAGAUGCAAACCCGUGUUACAGUAUGUAGCCAUAUGGCGCUUUCCCACCUGCACGCUGUUCGCAUGAGUGAGUAUCGCCCCAAUCGCAACCUCCAGGCACUCGAGGCCGCUGAGGUCGGGAGCCUCUGGGUACAUGUUGAGAGUGAUGGCCCCGGUGAGUGACUUGAUGGUGGCCUGAGAGGGCGUCCCCAGCAGCGAAUGGACGACGGUCUCAAGCGGCGUGUACACGGGCUGACCAUCAGCUGACACCUGAUAAGAAAACGACACGCACCGUCCAUCUAACUAUGGCCGCAUUACCCUCUAGCACCCACCUGGUUGAGGAGAUGGAGUGACCGCAGGCCGCCAGUCAACCCCUUGAGCAUCGUCAGCCCCCCGUGUGCAGGCCACUCGACGCUCAGAUGGGUCAGGGCGGGCAUCUCAUACACCUGCUUCCUAUCGAUCUGUCUCUGCAUCACGCCCAGCCACUCUCGCGUCAGAACGGCCUUGACGAGCCGCGGGAAACUCAAAGUACUGCGCUCGGCGAUCGAAAUGCACUGUAUCGUGCGGUCGGCGGCCGAGUCGACGGUGGUCCCGGUGACGUUUGGAGCGGCGGCCUCGAGCAGGGCGACGGUGACGGCCCGCGACACGAUAUCACCACAGCUUCUGCGGUCGGCCGUUGUGUCGACAAUGACCUCAGUGACGCUUGCAGCGGCAGCCUCGAGCAGUUGUCUGCCCAGAGGAUACGUACCGCUCUUGAUCAACACACGAAUGCUGUUCGUGCGGGAAAGCACCUCUGAAGGAUCCACCAAGACACACAGACAAGUGACCGGCAAUGAGUCGACUGCCGUGCUGUGUUGUGCUCUUCUCACCUUUCCACUUCUUAUGGACCGCUUGGGGGGCGCGCGUGUGACGUUUGGUGCUUUCGAGCAGCAGGAUGGGAUGCAUCUUGGGGUUAUCGACGAUCGACGCGAUCGCCGUGCUGACCCCCGAGAGGGACUUGACGCACUCGACGAAGCCCAGAUAACCACCUGCAGACCAAGCCAGACAGACAGACAGACAGACAGGUGAGGCGACUGAGAUGGCUUCUUCUCUUUGCGUUCUUACCGAUGCCGGUGCGAUCGGUGUCGCUCAGCCACAGCACCUCGAGAAUGCCCUCGAAACGACUGUUUCCGCCCAGUCCCACCACCGUUGGAGCUGAACAACACACAGACAAACAAACAGACAGACAGACAGACAGACGCACAAGGCGAAUGUACGCCCUCACCUUCUGUCGUGGUGUGGCAAGGUGUGUUUCUCAGGAGGUCUCACUUGGUGGCGUGUUCGACACGCAGUAUGGCUGAAUGAAUUUCUAGAUCACCUGUAGCCAACAAUCUGCACGAAACCCCGACACAGAAACCAGCCGGAAUGCAGAAUGACGCACACACUUACAGCCUAUGUCGAAUCCUCACCUGUCGACAUGUAAUAGUGUUGUGUGAUGAAGUCAUCAGCCGCCCUCCCGUGUGUGCCGCACACACGACACACCGUCCGCCUCUCGCCACUGAAGACACACACAAAACAAUAACGUACACCAACCUGUGACAGAAAUCAGAGAUCUCUGCCAACCUGUUGUCGAAAUGGAAUCUCCGGUCACCGACAAACAGAUUCCCCGGUUCUCUCACGACCUCCUCGGUGACAUCGGCGUGCGGGAAAGCCCACACGGUCUCACAGACGCUGUCCACCAGCAGACAGUCAGCGGGCAACACAGGAGGGUUCAGAGGCCGCUGUGUCGAUCGGAAGAACGGCGAACAUUCCUCUUGUCGGUUGAGGAAGGCCUGCUCGCUGAUAUGGAGGGGGAGGGCGGGAAGGGAGCAGAUGAAGAUUACCUCAUCGUUGCCAAGAUCUUCAUCGGCAUCGACCACACGGCGCUUCUUCCUCCUCUGCGGCGAGGUCAUGGCAGGACCACUCCCUUUCCCUGGAGGGAGUCGACUUUUUUGCGAGCUCAACUUGGGGGAGGGGUUCGACAGGAGAUCUAGGUGGGAUCCCACCCUCUGUCAUUCGGUGCUUCGCCUCCCAUCAGUCGGAACAAGAAACGACUUCCAUCCCAUUUUUCGGUAAG